UAGACCCCUUAUGACACGUUGCAUCAGGUAUAGCAAUUCAGUCUAGGCCUACAUCUAUUUGGCCCAUUAUGUGAAAUCUUAUUGGGAUUAGAACAUAUUCAGGUUUAUAGUCAAUUAGAUGAAUAUCUGGAGUGAGAGGGGUUGGCUCCAAUCCAAGCAAGUACCUUUACCGCCUCCACCGGUGGCGUCUUUGCCAGUAGCCUAUAUACAUUUCAGUUAGGAGUAUAGUUCCUUCAUGUCUCCCGGUUGCAUAGAGAGAGAGGAGAGAAAUCCAAAAUACGAGUGAUGUCAAACCGAACAGAUCUGAASGGUCUGAAAAGCCAACGACUUCCUCCACGAGAACUUGCCAAUGGAAUUAUCUGAUUUGUAAACACAUUUGUACCGUUUUUGCGUUGCACGUUUUUCACCAAAACAGUAAGGAAUGUGGGCUUUUCUGAGUGUAAAAUUAUUUAGUGUUCUUUCAGCACCAGUGAUUGUAGCUGUCGUGUGCUGCGCACAAAGCGUGAAUGAACCAGGGAACAUGUCGUUUGUGAAAGAGACGGUGGACAAACUACUAAAGGGAUAUGAUAUUCGUCUUCGACCAGACUUUGGAGGGGCCCCUGUUGCAGUUGGCAUGAGUAUAGAUGUGGCGAGCAUAGACAUGGUAUCGGAAGUCAACAUGGACUACACUUUAACCAUGUACUAGCAGUACUGGAGGGACAAGAGGCUGGCGUACUUAGGGAUCCCGCUGAACCUCACCCUGGAUAACCGGGUAGCAGAUUCACUCUGGGUCCCUGACACCUACUUCCUGAAUGACAAGAAGUCCUUCGUCCACGGUGUGACGGUCAAGAACCAGAUCCGCCUCCACCCGGAUGGAACAGUGCUCUACGGCCUGAGGGGGAUCACAACGACGGCAGCCUGUAUGAUGGACCUGAAGUACCCUCUGGACGAGCAGAACUGCACUCUGGAGAUCGAGAGCUAUGGAUACACGACAGAUGACAUUGAGUUCUACUGGAAGGGAGGAGACAAUGCGGUGACGGGGGUGACACGCAUUGAGCUGCCACAGUUCUCCAUAGUGGACUACAAGCUGGUGUCCAGAAACGUUGUCUUUUCCACAGGUGCCUACCCACGACUGUCUUUGAGCUUCAAGCUAAAGAGGAACAUUGGCUACUUUAUCCUGCAGACCUACAUGCCCUCCAUCCUGAUCACCAUCUUGUCCUGGGUCUCCUUCUGGAUCAAUUACGAUGCCUCGGCUGCAAGAGUGGCAUUAGGGAUCACCACUGUGCUCACCAUGACCACCAUCAACACCCAUCUGAGAGAGACGCUCCCCAAGAUCCCCUACGUCAAGGCCAUCGACAUGUACCUGAUGGGCUGCUUCGUCAUGGUCUUCCUGGCCCUGCUGGAGUACGCCUUCGUCAACUACAUCUUCUUCGGCCGUGGACCACAGAUGCAGAAGAAGCUGGCAGAGAAAGCCGAGAGGGCCAACAACGAGAGGGCGGCCAAAUAUGACACCAAUCGGGCGGAGUCCCACGGUAAUAUCCUGCUGACCACCCUGGAGAUCCACAACGAGGURGCAGGAAAUGAGGUCACCACCAGCCUGGCGGACAGCAGGAACUCCUCCGUCAUGGGAUUUGACAACACCAGCACAGGUACCGGCGUCCAGUGCAGGAAGGCGAGCCGGGCCUCGGGUCCUCGCCACAGCCUCGACAGGAACGCCCAGCUCAAGAGGCACAAACUGCGGCGGCGCUCGUCGCAGCUCAAAAUCAAAAUCCCUGACCUGACGGACGUAAACGCCAUCGACAGGUGGUCGCGGAUUAUCUUCCCCUCCGUUUUCUCCCUCUUUAAUUUAAUCUACUGGAUGUAUUAUGUCAACUGAUUGACUGAUUUUAGGGUUAGGUGGUGUUGUCAUAUUUUUUCCCUCCUUUUUUUUUACGUGAUAGGAAAUGUUUUGCUAUCGAAAAACAAAGGACUGCCUCUAUGUAACACGGACAAACUGCUUUGACCCCUUUGUUAAAGUUUUUAUAUUUGCAGUCGUACUCAAAUUGUGGAUUGCGGUGGAUUGCUAAUUCUUAAAACUUUGUACAGAACUAUGUAGAUAAAUACCCAUACUGUAGGACUGGGACUGUAUACUUCCCAGUCUUUUUGCCCUCUCUGCAGUUUGAUAAUGGAGAUCUUUAUACCCAAUUCAAUAUGUGCAAUUURCAAGAAAGAAAAGGUAACCAUAACAUUUUUUUUUUUUUUAACAAACCCAAAUAAAMUACAAAUGUUAUGUAAWGUAUUAUGCAUAUAYACAAUUAAUUGUAAUGUAUACUUUAUCAUUAUUUACAUAUUAUUUGUUAUGAAUGCGGAUCAAUGCAAAAAUAUAUACUCAUGUUUUGUGAUGCUUGCCAUCUUUAUCACGUAUAUAUUUUUUGUCUUGGUCAGAUAAUAUCAUUUUCAAGUGCACAUACAGUAUUUGCAUAUUUUACAGUGAAGUGGUCCUGUUUAUGUAUGUCUAUACAGUGUAUUAUUAUUAKUAGUAGUAAUAGUAGUAGUAGUAUUGCUAUUAUUAUUAAUACUAUUAUCAUUAUUAUUACAUACUCAACUAUAACAUUUUAACACAGGUGAAAAUUAAUGUCUACUGUUGAGGGUUAUAAUAUCUCAGGUUCUGGAUUUUGCUAAUUGGCAUCCAUUACGUUUUCAAAAUCCUGUCAAACAGUCUUGAAAUUGGAAUAUUGAUUGGUAAUCGAAACAUACCCAUCACUGCCCUCAAUGAAUCUGUCACGGUUCACAUCUUUUCUAUUUGAUAUUGUGAAUGCUUGACCGGAUUUCACUCAGUAAAUUGACGGCAUUCCUAUAAAUCAGCUCCAUCUUUGAUMGCUGUCGAACUCUCCUGCCAACGGCCUUGUGCUAUAUACUGUAUAACAUGUCUUUGUGAAAUAUUCGGAUAUUUUUGUAAGGUGUAACGUUGACUAUAACUACAGUAUGUUAACUCCCUCUGUUGCACACUAGCAUUGUAGGAAAUAGAUUCCCUCUGUUCACARCAUUCCAUGGAAGUGGCAGGGUUGAAGGUUUGUUUGGUUUGGAGCAUUUGGCUGAUCUGUACUGCUGAAAUGACCUCCAAAUGUAAAUAUAAUGUAUAUAACAGAUUUGAUGUAAGUGUGCACAUUUUUAUUUGGAGUUGUCUAAUURGUUGUCUGUUUUAAAAGACAAUGUGAAAUACCGAUGACAUUUCUGUCCUCUUUAAAUGCUUGAAAAUCUAUUGAAUUAACAUAUUGUUUUUAUUUUUUAUUCCUUUCUUCAGAUUUAUAAGCAAUGAAUGCCAUGAGAGACUAUCUAUCAAAUGCACAGCCAAUAUAAAUAAUACAACAAAACGCAUUGUAAAUCAAGGGCAUUGUGACCGCUGAUAACGGCAUAGCGUCAUCAUCCAUUUCUAUAUUUCUAUAAUCUACUCUGCACAGCUAUCAAAGAAGCACAUACGUUGUAUUAGUCUCUCAGUAUACAACUGAUGCAUGAAUUCUGUUCUACAGGGCAAGGACAACGAGCCAUAAUCAUUAGAUUGUAACAAAACGUCGAACACAUCCCAUUAGGAUAUGUMAUCAACGGCAUGGAAGUAGCUAAUAUUUGGUGAAACAUUGCCAUUGUUCAUAUCAUGCUGCUCUGGGCGAGAGAACAUGCCAAGAUGGCACUGUCUCUUGUUUCUCUAUGCAUGUUAUAUCGCAUGAGUAGUGGCGAUUAGAAAAAGAACCUUAACCCCUAUCAUCUUASACCUGUAUCUCAGGUUACAAGUACAGUUCAAGAGAUUGUGAUAAACUGCCAUUCUCUGGUUGGUUACAGAGCAACCAAUCAUAUCCUGGGGUCAAUGGCUGGGAUUCACAACGACAGUCUUCAAAUAUAUAACACAUUUAUAUACGCAUAAAGAAUAAAUUGUGCGCCCAUGUAUUUUACCAUUACCAACUUGCAKCCAAUUGCUUAUAGUAGUGACAUGUAUCUCUGGUAUGUAAAUAUACUUUGCUACUUGAUCAUUAAGCUUGUUGUGUGUUUUGGGUUUGAGUGAUAUAAUGGUAGAGUGUGUGUGGUUACACACGCUGGCCUUUAAACAGUUACAGACCCUGGGGUUUUUCUUCUCUACUGUGUAGAUGAGGCAGUGUUGGCUGGGUCUUGGUGUAAGAUGACUAAUAUCCCUUGUUCUUGGUGUAAGAUAGGAAAUAUCUCUUGGUCUUGGUGUAAGAUGAGUCAUUUCUCUUGGUCUUGGUGCAAGAUGAAUAAAAAAUAAUAUUGGUCUUGGUGCAAGAGUGA